UUUGCGCAUGCGUAUCACUGCAAGCCGGACUGAAAACAGCAUGGACGGCAACUCUGAGGUUCAUUAAGUAUUUUCACUGACCGACAGUGAAACAGUUAAAAAAGGGGGGCGAUUAAGAUUUGUUAUGAACGGAUGAAGUACUUUAAGCUUUCAUGAUUGCUGUCUGUUUGUGCCAAAAACAGAUUCAGAGCUUCAGUGGUUUCCGCCAUCUUUAAUAUCCAUGUGCAGUCUCAGCGUUAUUUUAUCGUCUUAACUUUGCACACUCUUGAAGUUCAGUCGGAAGACAGGUUUGUUUACAUCGUUGAGUGAAAAAUGUCUAUUCCAGCGUGGUCCGAGAAAAUGCUUCAGCUCCUCCGUCGCAUGAAUAACUUUUAUUCAGCAGGUAAACUUUGUUUGGGGUUGGGUCUUUCCCUUCACCUGCACAGUCACUGAACUCUGGUUUGUCUCUGCAGGCUCCUGUCGGGCUCACUGCCUCAGGUUUGAGAUAGGAGGAGCUCAGGUGGGCUGGAUUCCUCCUCAUGUAGCUCCUCUGUUAGCACAGUACCCUCAGGUGUUUGAUCCACCCCAGGGGGGCGUGGUGUCUCUGUGCAGCAGUCUGGACUCUUAUGAGAAGAGAUCUGAAGCUGUGGAUGAAGUCCUGCAGAGUCUGAGGAAAGAGGAGAGCCUCACCUUCCUGAAAGGCUGGAGAAACGAGGUCAGACUGGGUCUUUGUUUACAAGGAUCCUCUUUGGUAUAAACAGUAUCUGGUUUGACAGGUCUGCUGUUCAAACCCUGCCAUUAAAAAAUACACUUAAAUUAUUUUUCUCAGAGCACAAACAUCACAUCUGAGGUGAAUUAAAGUCAAACAGGAAAUGGCCGAAUAGAUACAGGCUCCAGAUGGAUCUAUGUUUGAUUAAGAGAUAGCCUACACCUUAAACUUAAAAAGUCACAGAAACACCUUAAACACUUGUCUCAAGUAUAAAAGAUUCCUACAGGUGUUGUUCUUUACUUACUUUAUCAAAGCAGUUGAUAAAUGUUGUUUUUAUGUUGUUUGUUGGGUAGAGCACAAGCCCAAAACACACCUUUCAUGCUCAGGUUGAUGCUCAGUCCCUUAAAAGUUUAAAAUCUCUGUUUCAAUCACAUCUUUUUGUGUUAACUUUCAAUAUAAUGUGUGUGUGGCUAGUGUCUUUUAACCCAUGUUAACCCAAUAGUAUCUUUUGGGUUCAACUUUCAACUUUGGUUCAACUUUAGCUGUUUUUUUACUGUGCUGUAUAAAUAAAGUUCCCACUGAGAAAUAGACGGCUAUUAGAUGUCUAGUUUUUUUUAGACCUAAUUUCAACCGUCUAGAUUCUGUAUAUUUUUAGAUGGAAUUUAGACGUUGCGCUUUAACCCAUUAAUCAAUAACUGUUUCUUUAAAAAAGCAACUGUGAGUUGCAUAACUGAUCUCCAAGUACUUAACCAGGAUAAUUAUGAUAGCCGUUAAGCAAUAUACAGUGUAGUAUCGAUAUAGCCCAGAUUUACAAACAGACAAAAGAUGAUGACUGUGCAAAAAUCAGUGUAAAAUAACAGCGUAUACAUGCUGGUUGUACAGAGGUGUUUUGAAGUGUUGGAAACACAACAGAUGUAUUCAUGUCUUUAUUUAGAAAAACUACAUUUAUCAUUCAUGGUGGAAUCUGAAAUCAUUUUAAAGCAACAGGGAAAUUCUGUUUUAGGAGAAGCUUUGCAGUCUUCACAAUGAAAAUAAGGUGUGUUUGUAUCAUAUCGAUACUGUUAUUGGCUAAUUUGUCCCAGAAAAAUAUUAGCAUAGCGGCAAGGUCCAAAGACCAAUUACGAGCAUGUAUAAAAUUGAUGUGAACAAUGUUGAGGACAGAAAUGCAUUUCUAGGUGAUUUACUCAACCUUCAGAUCUAAAGAUAUUUUUCAUAUUUGAAUAGGGAUGGGAAUCGAGAACCGAUUCUUGUUGAAAACUGUUUCCAAAUGGUUCAAUCCAUCGACAUAAUUUACAUUUUAUCUUAACGAUUCCUUUCUCAUCAGUGCUCCCUGCAGCUCUGCCCCUCCGCUCACUUUUAAGCAAAGUCACUGACGCGACACAUGCAUGCACUGUCUUUGGGAAUUUACAAUACGCGUUAAAAGUUAGAGUUAGAAGCACAUAAAAAACACUCGACCAGACCCAAAAAACCUUCAGAAUUUCACACAAGUCCACCCUUCGUAGUAGUGUCCUCUUUUGGGGGAUUCAGAAUAUGGUCACCCUACCGUCUGUCCUGUGUUAACAUAAGCACAAUGCAUGCCAGAAAUGCAGUACAAAUAGCAGUUUUGUUUGAUUAUUUUAGAUUCUCACUGAAGGUUGCACAUAUAUUUUUCUGUUAUCAGAGACUCAAUAAAAUUUUGAGUUAAUGGUGAAAACCUACAGUCUACCUUUAUUUUUUUUAAUCAAAGAUAGGCAUUGAUAAGGGAAUUGUUCAAGAAUUGAAUGGAUAAGCAGAAUCGAUAAUGGCAUCGGUAUUGGUAAAAUCUCAUCAAUUCCCAUCCCUAUAUUUGAAGCAUUUUAAAAUUAAGUGUCAGGUCUGGAUGGACUUAGGAUUUAUUCAGUCUGCUGAAUGUGACCUGAUCAUGUUUUGGUAUCCUCGCCCUUUAGAGGUAUAGCGUGAUGCCAAGGUACUGCGACCCUCCUCUGAUGUGGAUGGAAAGAGCUGCUACCAGUGAGUCAGAGAUCUCAGUAAGAAGGAUGUAUUAACAAUGCUCAAUUGUUUUGUGUGCUGACUGUGAUGCUGCACUCAGGUCUGUUCGGGGUUAGAAGGUAUGGAGUCCACCUUAACGGUUACACUGUGAGUAACAGCGGGGAGAUCAGCAUGUGGCUGGCACGGCGCUCUGCCACAAAGCAGACGUACCCGGGGAUGCUGGACCAUGUGGUGAGGAAAGACUGUUAGUUAGACCCUUCAGACAUGUUGCAGUGAUACGUAAAGGAGGAGUUCUACAUUUUUAAUGGAUCAUGAUGUGUUUUCUCUCUGAAGGCAGCAGGAGGUCUGGCUGCUGAUGCUGGUAUCAAACACACUAUGAUUAAAGAAUGUGAGGAGGAGGCGUGUAUCCCUGCUGCCAUCGCUGAAAAAGCCAAACCUGUGUCUACAGUGAGGUGAGGUGCAACAACUUAGCUGAAAGCUGUUUACUCAAGGGUGCUGGUUGACUACAACUAACCUGUCUGGUUUAUUUUCCAGUUAUACAUACGUGGAGGAGGGGGAGGUGUUUCCAGAGAGUCAGUUUGUCUUUGAUUUGGAGCUUCCUAAAGAGUUCAAGCCGAAGAUCGGGGACGGAGAGGUGCAAGAGUUUUACCUGCUGCCUAUGGACAAGGUUUGUAUGAUGAACACUUUCUGAAUAAGUUUACUUGAAAUAACCAUACUCAGGAGAAAUGGCAUUACAAACACGCAGAUUUAGACUGAAUAUUGUGACGUAGAUACACCCAUAUUCAGAGUGGAUGGCAUUAAAACACACAGAUUUAGACUAAAUAAAAAAACAAAAACAGAUAAGGGUUAAUGUUUAAUAACUCUGUCUUUGGUUUCAGGUAAAGGAGCUUUUAGUUGCUGGUGACUUCAAACCAAAUUGUGCCAUGGUGGUCCUGGACUUCCUCAUCAGGCACUCCUACAUCGAGCCAGACUCUGGUUUGUGUUUGUCUGCUUUUAAUGAAAACUUCAUUUUCUGUCACUAAUUUUUAUAACAAGUAUGUGCUUCUUAUUUCAGAGCCAUACUAUCAGGAGUUUGUAGCAGGACUUCAUCAGACUUUAUAAGGUGAAGCUGAGGACUGGGACGACCGCGACGAGGUUGAGACACCACAAUGUGUGGUGGACUGUUGUUUUUUGUUUGUGGCAAAUGUGAAGUAAAGCUAGGAGUCAUAUGUGCUACUUUUGUUAAAGUGAACAUCAACCAAGAUUUGACUCCUGGCAGCUGGAGGCUGAACUUUGGAGCUAAUCCUAAAAGAGCUCAUGAGUGCUGGAUUUACCUUUAACUGAGCGAUGAUCACAUCUGGAAAACUUUUUCCCCUCUUGUCUUUCUUCAAAGAGCUUUUGGGCUAUUAUCACCUAUAUUUGUCAGGAGAGCAGAAAGGUAAGAGGUAGUGUUGGGUAUUGACAUGCAGCCAAGGGUAGAAGUCAGAAUUCAACCCAGACUGCUGCUGCAACAAGGACCGUGUUUUGUAGACUUGUUUAAAGUGAAACAAGCCCCCCUGGUUUAACCCUUUUAAACCCUGGUUUACUGAAUAAGUGAGCUUUACAAAGCACAAAGCUCCUUGAGAAGAUGCCCUUCAGACCCAAAAGGUUCUCAUCCUCCAUCUGUAACAACAUAAUAUCUCUAAAAUGUCUCAAUUUACAAAACAGGGGCUACAUUACCACACGUUUAAGUUCAUUCUUAAAACUUAUUUUAUUUAUACAUUUUAUUUGAUUGGGAAAAUGCAGAUUACAGUAAAGCAUUUUUAAUCUAAAGUUAGGCUAGUGACUACACUCUCCUGGGCCUCACUGUCUUUUUGAUUUUUCUGAAAUCAUUUUCAGCUGCAGGCUGUCAGUGCUCUGUAAAGUAUGACAGAUUUUUCUGUUUGUUUACAAUUCGCUCCAUCUGUUUUACUUCUAGUUAUGGACGAAUGAGCUACUUUUAUAAAUAUCAGUUUUUCUAUGGAGCCAGAUCAGGCUCAAAAGUAUUGAAAAAGUAGUGUAAGUGAAAAAAUAAAAAGUGAAGUGAAAAAAUAAGAUUUGAACCUGAAAAAAAAAAAUGGUACCUGAAAGUCUUGAAUUUCGAAAUUGAACUUUGAAAAAUCCCAGAAUGCAUGAAAAAAAUCUGUUCAAAUGUAACUUUGAUUCUGUUUUUUAAUACUUUUGAAUAAAUUACUUAUUUCUAUUUUUCACUUCAA